UUAGUUCUUAGUUGAUUAGCGCACCUCGCACGAAUCGCACGAAUCGCAAAUAUCGCACGAAAGCUCAAUCUUGACCGCGCAGUAACUUUAUUACCCUCCCACGCAUAUAAAACACAUAUAUGCGGUUAGUGCUUUUCUUCCACUUGCUGUAAACACGCUCAGUUGACCACACACUGCAUUCGUAACAACAUCAACAAUAUUUAAUAUUCAGACAAAAGUUUAAAAUAAUUAAAUAUUUUUAAUUAAUUCAAUGAAAUUCCCGCACACCUGCAUUGGUAACCGGCGCGCGUGCCGACAUUAAUAGUUUAAAAAUAAAAUCGGCUCGGGCAUAGCUCGCGCGAUGCGUGAGAAGCGUCGCGCCGCCGCCGCCGCCGACGGUGUGUCGUUCGCCAGCCGCCGGCGAUUCAAACAAUCGUAAAAUAAUACGAAUAAAUUGAUACGGACAGUGUGUUGACAGGUGACAAAUUUAAAACGUUUAAAUUCAGUGAUUCGAACAUGUGUUAAUCAUUACUUCACCAGCGUUGUAUAAAUAUUGUGAACAUUAAUUAUUUCAAGUAAUAAUAAUGAGUUCAAUUAGAUUUUUAAUUAUCUGUGUCACAUUCUGUGCGUUAUUUGUUCCUUACUUAUGUUUAGUGAGUAGUUGGGGAGAAUUUUGUAAUUUUACUGCGGAAUGUGAUGAUCAUCGAUUGAUUUGUACGCCGGAUCAUGAAAAUAUUACAAGAUGUACUUGUGACAGAUUUCAUGAAUGGCAAGGUCAUCGGAAUGGCUGCGUGCAGAUGUAUGACGCGCCGACGAUUCUCAACAUGACCAUGACUUCAAUUGAUAACAAAGGUGAAUUGGAGAAGAAUACAGUCCUGGUCUUCACCGGACAGAAAAUCGCCGGGUUUUUCGUGAUGACUGUCGCAUUACUGUGUCCAUUUGCAGUGAUAAUUCAUUGUUUUCACAUGCGAAGAAAAGACAGAGCGUUGAAACGCGAAGUGAAAGAAAUCAAAGAGCGCGUUGAUAAAAAGAAAAGAGAUUCGUCAACGAGAAGAUCACAACAGGCUUAUGUCAGCUUAGCAUAAAUUAAUUUUACACAAAGAUAGGUACAGUGUAGCCUCUUGAUAACGAUUUAAUGUUUUUAGUUAAAAAUUGUACGUUUUACGAAUUAUUUCAACAGAAAAAUUUGAUUUUUAUAGAUUUUUUGCAAGUUAUGCAACUUCUUUUGCAUAAAAAUCUGUAAAAAAUUAUAUUGCAUUGAUAGAAGUUAGAAAACUGAUUUAUUAUUAAUUUUAAACAAUAAACAGCUAUUUUGUUGUAUAUUAUUGAUUUAAUUUCGAUUUAUAUAUCAAAAUUCAAAGUUUUCUGCCAGGAAAUAACGAAAAUAUGCAGAAAUAAGUAAUAUUUACAUAGUGAAUGUAAAUUCUUGCCUGUGGAAAUAUUGUUGUAAAUUUAUAACAAUAAAACUUGUAUUUACACCUGGGA